AUGAAGACCAGAGAGAACAUGGUACAGUCAGGAGCGAGCAGAAAGCACAGCCCAGCUGCAGUGCUGCGUGCAGAUGUGGAAGGAUGCGAGGAGAGGCCCAAGAGGUACUUCGUGAAUAUUUGUGACAUGAAUGGAUGGUUUUUUGGUGCUGUGAAGAGAACUGGGCAGAAUACCAGAAUAUCAGAAGCAGUCAUAACCAAGACGCCAGAGAAGCCCGAAGAACAAUCCAGAGAAGCAGAUUGCUCACUGGGGCUGAGGCGGUGCUUUUCCACUGAGAUGCUUUCCACAAACGGAAGGACCAGGCAGCUAAAUGGCACCUGUGCCAGCUCAGUGGACAUGGAGCUCUUCCUCCAUUACUCCCUCAUCCCAUCACUUUUCAUCAUUUUAGUCUUGUCCUUUCUCCAAAGACGAGAGCAGCAUAGACAGAGAGGUGACACUUGCUACCUGCUGGGGAACCACUUUGGAAUCAUCAUACCUCUGGACUUCAUGGGUACUUUUAGGAACCGAUGGUCCUAUGGAAUGGCCUUUGGGGCCACAGCCAAUAAGGUCAUGUUCUUGUUCUCAGAAGGCUACCAGCCCCUGCAGGUCCCGCAGUGGGCCCAAGCCUUUGUGCUUCUGAUCGGAGGCAUUGAAGUCGGCCUGUCCCACUUCCCCUUCUUUGCCUGCCUUUCUUCGGAGUUCCAGCUGGUCAGCUCCAUCCUCGGCUUCAGCUACUCUCUGAUCUGGUUUGCCGUCACUGUCCAUCACAUCACACAGUGUCCCCACGGGCAGUUUGUGGGGAGGUACGAGACCAUCAUGUUCUACUGGCCGUCACUGCUGUGCCUGGCCUUCCUGCUGGGCCGCUUCCUACACAUGUUUGUCAAGUCUCUGAGGGUCUACCUGGGCUGGGAGCUCCCGACGGAAGAAAAGCCUCUCCUGGAAGUUCACCAGGCAAAGCAUGUCAAGAAGCUCCUGAGAAAGUCCCCCAGGCAGGAGAAAAAAAAGUCUUGGUUCCAAACCAGGAUAUAUGAGUGGGACCCCUGCUUUCAUUUCCCAAGCCGAAUGAUUGGAACCACUGUGUUGGCUUUUAUCUGCCUGUACCUUGUAAGUAGAUCUGAGUAA